AUGGAUACCACUCUCGACGAAGCUAUAGCCUUGGGUGAUACUGAGGCUAGAGAUCUCGCACUAGAGAUCAGGAACCGCGACCGCGAGUACCAGGCAAGCCGUAGCGAUAUGCUCUGGAGACUCGCUGCCGUGACUUACACAGAGAAACAUCCUCCCUUGAGAAUGUCAGACAUCAUCACUGUUGUCGACGCCGCACCAGAUGAAGAAGCUCAACUCCAAACCGUUAUGGUCAAACUGUCGAAAAGAGGUGACUACAACCCUCUGCUCGUUGAGUUAGCAAUUGCGACGAUUGGCCCUCAUGACACGGAUUCCAUCAUCGAUUUUGUGAACCCUCUGGAUGUCAAGAACAUCAAGCACAUCGAAGCCGCCUCUGGCAAGAGGCUUUUCGAAUGCACAUCCUGCGAAGAUUCAUUCUUGGCCAAAGAUCUCAUCACUACACCCUGCGGACACUGUUACUGCGGAUCAUGCUUGAACAUGGUAUUCAAGGCAGCGGUUUCAGACGAAUCACUUUACCCUCCCAGCUGUUGCGACCAAACGCCCAUUCCUAUCGAGCACGCAAAGAGAUUCCUGGAUCGCGGAUUCGAGACAACAUUCGAAAAGAAGGGUGUGGAGUUCAACACUCUCGACAGAACUUACUGCUCGGACCCAGAAUGCUCGACCUUCAUACCUCCCAACUCGAUCCGCAGUGAGACUGCCUACUGUUGGGACUGUGGCCAGGCAACUUGUGUUGAGGACGAUUGGACCAUUCCUCCAGCUGAGUGGGGGCUCGGUGAGCCCUUUCCUGCUCCCAUCUGGGUUGGUGAGCCGGAAGAGAAUCCAGUGCAACAAGAGCAGGACAGAUCCCGAGCUGGAACACCAGAUAUGCCAGACUUUGAAUGGCCAGAUGAACAAUUCGUCGAAGAUAUCAACCGCGAUUUGCAACGAGCGAUAGCAGAAGCACAGCGCCGCCCACCUGAUCAACCUCCCGGAGCCGAAGCGGUCGGGAACGCAACCAAUCCAGACGCAGACACAACAUUGCUACAACUGACGCCCGAUGAUACCCUUAUCAACAUGCUUAGACAAUCUAUCACUGUGGCUUCUGCUCAAUACUCAAUCCUCCUCAAUCAAGACCACGAGAACGAAAACCCGUACACAAAGAGCCGAGCUUCCAACGAAGAUGUUCUUGAACGAGAGAGUAUUCCAGACGUUCAGCUACCCGAUGGAUCUGACUCGAGAGAAGAAUCAGCACAAUCCGAUCACAAUAGCGACGGCGCUUCGGAGUACCAGAACUCUGAACAUUCCUCUUCCGUAUCAAUGCAGCCAGCAAGACACAGCCGUCUGCGAACCAAACUUUCACCACGCCGUCUCCUGCGUACCUUGCGAAAGGCAGGUAUGUCUGUACUGCGCAGAAGAGAAAUUACUUCUUCAUGCAGCAACAAAGCUACUGUCGAAUGA